UAAGUUAAGAUGAAAUAUUAGUAUAAAAGACACGGAAUUAAGGCAAAGUGAUCAAACAUUUAAGUAAAAACUAACCUCAAUUAAAAGUUGCUUUUCCUGCUAAAAUUAAGGGGGGGAAAUGAAGUAACGUGUUUUAUUUAAACAUAAGACAAAACUAAUCAAACCUCAGCGACCCAACUGUGUUUCUAUUGAAAAUGUGACUUUUCAACUCGAAGAAGCUGCAAUGUUGGUCAUUUCUGUGUAAAAAGGAAGCAUUCUUAUUGGCUAAUAUACCACUUUUUCGCGCAUGAACACUUUGAAGAUAAAACGGUUAAUCCUAUGAGGUUCGUAAAGUCUCACUUCCAUAAACCGGAACAACAACCGUUCGUCCUCCUGCAGCCUUCAGCUGUGUUCCACUUCAGACCUCAGAGCCACAACGACCCAAAAUCCUGGCAGGAACGAACCCUUCACCUUUGGACAGGCGCGCACGCGCGCACAAGGUCACCUGUGGGAGGGAGGGGCGUGUUGUCACCUGGCAUUUAACUCCUAAUGACGAUCAAACCGUUUGGACGAUCAGGCAGAAAUGAAAAUGAAAGUUAACAGAGACGCGGCGGCGAGUCAUCCUGUUCCACCUGAGCUGCACAGGUAAGGCGGCGUUCACGGACUGCUGGAUAUUUCUGCUUCUGCCGGGAACGAAGGCGCGCGCACUGCGCUCAGACGGAUCUGCUUCAGCUGGAAUUUCUUCAAAGGGCUGAGACAGUUCAGUCAUGGACAACCCUGAUGAGGAUGGAGCGUCCCUCCAGAGCAACGGGACUAAAAGCGGAAGGAAAGGGAAGCUGGGAAAGUUCGGGUCACUCAAGAAGAGCAUCAAAUGGGUGGCAGAUAAGAGUCCUCUGUCUGUAGGAACCAGAAAGUCCACAUCCGACGAUGCUGAAGGCUUACCUUCUACCUCCUCACCUUCAUCAACCGGUCCGAGCUCACCUGCCAGCUCUUCGAGGAACGGCGGAGGCUUCUUCCAAAACCAGGAGGACAAUCUGGGCCAUGCUGCUUCGCCCAAAAGCAAGGCGCUGACCCGUUCAAAGACAGAGCCCAGUAUGUCCAAGCUUGGUGACUCUUUCCUGAAGAAAGGAUCAUCUAUUCGCCGCAGCCUGAGGUUUGGCAUCAAAAAAGAGAAUGACAAAAGGCUGGAGCCUCUGGAAGACGUCUUGGUGGAGAGGACAGAAGGGAAAAACGAGAAGGAGGAAGACAUUCCGGAGGAGAUGGAUGAGCUGUACACUCUGCCAGACUUACCUGACCCGCCACUCUCAGUGAUGGAGAUCAAUAAGCUGAUUGAAAUGGAAGUGCUGGAGGAGGCCCAUCUGAACCUGCUCGCCUUGCGGCUGGAGUUACAGAAGGAGCAGGAGGCCGGUGUGGAGGACUGCUCCACAAAGGUUGCUCAGAAGCAGAAGGACCUAAGCCUUCUCUACGGAAACCUACGGAGCAAGAUCCACGAGAUAGUCCGAGAUUCCAGCACCCGUCCUGCCAGAAACAAGGGACUUCUGGUCCCGGUGGCCCGCAUCAUUCAGGAGGAGGAGAAGAGGGCCGGGGAACCCGGAGGACUACCAGACAGCUGGGUAGAAGCCUGGAAAGACGCUGUGUGUGACAGUGUCCAGGUCAAGGUGGACAGUGUUGACCUUGAGCCGAGGGAGCAGAAUGUGUCCUGGUUGGCGGUUCAUCUGGGGAAGCUGGGUAAUGCCAUUGUGGAGGAUCUGGAGAAUGUGAAGAGGGAGCUGCGAUGGUCUUACCCACGCACCUUCAAAGUUUUCAGCACGUAUGUGAAGAGCUACCACAGAGUGGUGGGGCAGCACCUGAAGAAGCUGGAGCAGCAGUCCACGGAGCUGAAGGAUCUGUACGCUCUGCUGGACUGGAUCCUCAACAAAUACAAGAGUGAGAGGAUCAUGGGAAGUCUGUCCUUGCAGCCGGACAUGAACGGGGAAAGCACUGAUCUGCAGCUGGAGUCUGACUUCCUGAAGCAGCUGAAGGACAAGUAUGUCUGCAGAGUGAAGGAGGAUGUGAGGAUUUCUCUGGAGAGAGUCAUUGAACUGGAGAACGAGUCCGUCUGGAGUGUCAGUAAAGAGCUGGAGAUGGAGGACGACGUCCUCUGCUCUCCGUUUCCUAUGGACAUCUGGACUAAAGUUAAAUCAAGUAUCGUCAACUCCAAACAGCUGGAUGUAAAUCUGGAACAGGAAGUGACCCAAACAUGUCUGGAAGAGCUGCAAAACUUCCCUAAGAGGUUUGAGGAAGAGUUCAGACGCCACUUCAGCGCCAUCCAACCACAGCCUCUUUGGACCGAGUAUCUCGUUGCAUACAUCAACAGCUUCACAGCUUUACAGAAGCACAUGGACGGUUACCACGGCAGCUGUCCUCGCCAGGUGGAGGCUUUUAAAGGGGAGGUGGCGUCCCUGACCGCCAGGCUGAUGCAAAGCCUGGAGGACCAGUUCAAGCAGGACGUUAAGCUGUACCUCAGGAGAAUGGUGACCAGAAAGUGGCUCACCAACGACGACGACUUCCAUCAGCUCCUCACUCGGACAGAGCGGCUUUCCCAGCACUGCCAUCUCCUACAGCCCCCACACGCCCAGGAGUUUGCCAGCCGACUGCACUACCACGUGGUCCGGGAGUACGUCGGCCAGCUGAUGAAGAAAAGCUACUCGUGCAAGAACCGUAAACACGAGAAAGCGGCAGCCAAAAUCAGCAAGCAGACGGGCGCGCUCAGGGAUCUGUUCAGCAGCAUGAAUUCCAGCAUGGAGUGGCUGCACCCUGUGGGGGAAGACCUGAGCACCAUCAUUGGACUGAAGAACAAGGCUGACAUCAAGCACCACCUGCAGCCUCUACUGGAGCAUUACCCAGACUUCAGCAAGAAGCAUCUGGUGGCAGUUCUCUUCUUCCGAGGGGACCUGGGACGCCGUGAGCACCAGCUAAUCCUCCAGAGACUAACAGACCUCAAAAAGGGCGGCAGCGGCUCCAGCUGCGACCGGAGCCGAGUUCUGUUCGGGGACAUGCCGGUCACCACCAACACCAACUGCCUCCCCGGCCCGCCUUUCUCCUGCUUGAGCCGCAUCCUGCCGGAUCGCUAAAACACGCCGCUGUGUGACAAAAAUCAGACGUACGCGAUAGCUGUGGGUUUUCGGAAGCCUUCUUUCUGUCCCGCAGCAGGAAGCCGUCCUGGACUGAAGAGCCAGAUUGUUUCUGCAAUUCCUCCUCCUUACUGAGCCUUUAAGUAAAAAUUAGAGCCCAGCCACAAACUCAAAAACUCACCAAAAGUUGCACGCACUGAGAACCCA